CCCCCGGGCCCACCAGCCCAACUUGCCACUGCCGGCCUGACCUCUCUCCCAGCGCUGCUGCCCAGACGUUAGGCUCUAAGCCCAGGACCUCAGGAUGGGGGAUGACGAGAAGAAAAACAGGGCCAUGACGGCCCGCAGACAACACCUGAAGAGUGUCAUGCUCCAGAUUGCGGCCACAGAGCUGGAGAAGGAAGAAAGUCGCCGGGAGUCGGAGAAGCAGAACUACCUGGCGGAGAACUGCCCCCCGCUGCACAUCCCCGGCUCCAUGGCCGAGGUGCAGGAGCUCUGCAAACAGCUGCACGCCAAGGUGGACAAGGCAGAGGAGGAGAAAUAUGACAUGGAGAUGAAGGUUCAGAAGAGCACCAAGGAGCUGGAGGACAUGAACCAGAAGCUGUUUGACCUGAGAGGCAAGUUCAAGAGGCCGCCGCUGAGAAGGGUGCGCAUGUCGGCCGACGCCAUGCUCAAGGCACUGCUGGGCUCCAAGCACAAGGUGUGCAUGGACCUGAGGGCCAACCUGAAGCAGGUCAAGAAGGAGGACACAGAGAAGGAACGAGACCUGCGUGACGUGGGUGACUGGAGGAAGAACAUCGAGGAGAAGUCUGGCAUGGAGGGCCGUAAGAAGAUGUUCGAGUCUGAGUCCUAGGUUCCCUGCUGCCUGGUGGCCGGGGGGGUGCUCUGGGCUCCCAGCACAGAGUGCAGGAGAACAGGCCGACAGAGCCAGCCGGGAGGACCAGGCUCAUCUCAGCUGUCAAUAAAGGCUUCCAACCUCAA